CCGCCCUGGCGCCCGAACGCGUCUGUAGGCGGAUCUUUCGUGAAAAACAGCGUCAUGUGCGCUACGGAUACCAGGAUCGCAUGAAAUACAAGUGAUUUUGUCUGCCAAUCAAUUGGUUAUAAAAUUAUAAAAGCAGCAUGGAAAUAUACAUUAUAGUGGGGAUGGCUGUGCUUAUAUAUACUUUUGUCACGAUAUUUCUUAACAGUGAUUGUUGGAAUGAGGAUCACCAGAAGUGUCAGUGUGAAGAGUGUAAAAGCCUUUGCCAAAGUGGAAAUCGUAUAACGCCAACAAUUCUUUCUAUUUCCUCUCGUAUUGAUGCUUUUGAUUCGUAAGUCAGAGAUUUGUUUGUUUGAGCGUUUGUAACGAUUUCUCUAAACUUGUGUGUGCGUAGAGUGUUAAACAGUGCCAAAUAAGUCUUAAUGAAAUGUGGCGAUGGUACAUAGAGGCUAUUUGACGAGCCUUGUUCAGAAUAAGUGGAUUAAGUCCGACCUUUUUAAUCAGUGCCAAAAAGUGUAAGUUACUGAAAUGAAGUGGUUUUGAGUAUACGGGCAUGGACCCGUUAGCACGGUUGAUGGAAGGCGCGCCCCUGCCCGGCGUUUUGGGGGCGACUAGAGACGCGAGACCCCGGGGCGCCCUGGUCCACGCCAGUUUGGCCGCGGCCCCCGCCCUGGGCGACAAGAAGGGCCGCCAUCUUACUGGAACUUUCUGCCUUACUGGUGACACUAUGGAGGGUAUCAUACAGUGCCUGGUUUUCCUCAAGGCGUUCUCGUUGGUGGGCGGCGAGUUCGACAUGGAGCUGAACUUCGUGAUUCAGGACGCCCAGAACAUCCAGCACAUGCUUGAGCUCCUAGACCACUGCCCGCCCAGUUUGCAGGCGGAGAUAUGGUCGGUGUUCAUCGCCAUCCUACGCAAGAGCGUCCGCAACCUGCAAGCCUGCACCGACGUCGGCCUCAUCCACCACGUCCUGCAGAGGCUGCCGCGCGCCGAGACCGUCGUCGCAGAUCUCCUAAUAGAGAUGCUCGGUGUGUUAGCAAGCUACAGCGUCACCGUCAAAGAGCUCAAACAGUUGUUCAACACCAUGAAGGCUGUCAACGGCAAAUGGCCUCGUCACUCCGCCAAGCUGCUCAAUGUCCUCCGACAGAUGCCCCACAGGAAUGGACCUGACGUAUUCUUCAGUUUUCCUGGACGGAAAGGAUCGGCGGUGGUGCUGCCCCCUCUGGCGAGGUGGCCGUACGAGAACGGAUUCACAUUCACCACGUGGUUUCGUUUGGACCCCAUCAAUUCCGUCAACAUCGAGAGGGAAAAGCCUUAUUUGUACUGCUUUAAGACAAGCAAAGGCGUGGGUUACACGGCCCAUUUCGUCGGCAACUGCUUAGUGCUAACUUCUAUGAAAGUUCGCGGGAAGGGGUUCCAGCACUGCGUCAAGUACGAAUUCCAGCCUAGGAGGUGGUAUGCAAUAGCGGUGGUUUACAUAUACAACAGAUGGACGAAGAGCGAGAUCAAAUGUCUUGUUAACGGCCAGCUAGCGUCCAGCACUGAGAUGGCGUGGUUCGUCUCCACCAAUGACCCCUUCGACAAAUGCUACAUCGGCGCCACGGCGGAGUUAGACGAGGAGCGAGUGUUCUGCGGACAGAUGGCUGCCAUCUAUCUCUUUGGAGAGGCGCUGACUACGCACCAGAUCUGCGCAAUGCACAGGCUCGGCCCUGGGUAUAAGAGUCAAUUUCGAUUCGACAACGAAUGCAACAUCAGUUUACCGGAAAACCAUAAAAGGGUGAGCGAGACUGCCGCGCCGAAGCUUGACAAUGCUGAAAUCCCGCCUGAACCCGAAACUUCUCCCGAAUCCCCCGAACCCAAAUCCCUUGAUAACGCUUCGCACAAUGAAGAUACCAGGGAGCCAGAAAUAGAAGAUAGUUGCGUAGUUGUCAAAGAAGACGCGACUCCUCGAGGCCGGCGUAUGGCAGAUGAAGCGAAAGAAGUGGCCGCCGCGCAUGCGUCCCUGCUCGUAGAUAUUGAAGCAUGCAAGCGUGUACUAUACGACGGGAAGCUCUCGUCUGCGAUAGUGUUUAUGUACAAUCCGGUGGCGACAGAUGGCCAACUGUGCCUGCAGUCGGCGCCGAAAGGGAACGUCUCCUACUUCGUCCACACUCCUCACGCAUUAAUGCUCCAGGAGGUGAAAGCGGUGGUGACGCAUUCCAUCCACAGUGCUUUGAACUCCAUCGGCGGGGUGCAAGUCCUGUUCCCGCUAUUUGCGCAGCUGGACCUCGCCCACGAUGCGCCCGCGACUGACCCCAAACGUGACCCUAUGCUAUGUUCGAAACUACUCGGCUUCGUGUGCUCCCUGGUAGAAUCGUGCGGUACGGUACAACAACACAUGCUGCAGUGUCGUGGGUUCCUGGUAAUCUCACACAUGCUACAGCGGUGUAGUCGCGACCAUCUCACUCCUGAUACUCUGGCAUCGUUUCUGCAUUUGACGAAACAUCUUGUCACUUGCUGUUCUCCUAAUUCUGAUCUGCUUUUGAAACAGUCUUUCUGCCAAUCCUUUCUGACCUGGCAGUUGUUGGAUCACAUCCUCUUCAACCCUGCGCUAUGGAUCCACACGCCGGCGGCGGUGCAAGCGAGAUUGUACUGCUACCUGGCGACUGACUUCUUGGCCGACGCGCACAUCUACGGCAGCGUCCGGAGGGUCAGCACCGUGCUGCAAACUGUACACACGCUGAAGUUUUACUAUUGGGUGGUCAACCCUAGGACAAAGAGCGGGAUCACGCCUAAAGGAUUGGAUGGUCCAAGGCCAGCGCACAAAGACAUCCUGACGAUACGUGCGUACAUCCUUCUGUUUCUCAAACAGCUGAUUAUGAUCGGCAACGGUGUGAAAGAGGACGAGCUUCAAUCCAUACUCAACUAUCUGACGACUAUGCAUGAGGAUGAAAAUCUACAUGACGUACUUCAAAUGUUGAUCUCGCUCAUGUCAGAACACCCAAGCUCCAUGGUGCCCGCAUUCGACGCGAAGGGCGGAGUUAGGACCAUCUUCAAAUUGUUGGCGUCUGAAAGUCAACUAAUUAGGCUACAGGCUCUCAAACUUUUAGGAUUCUUCUUGAGCAGAAGUACACACAAACGGAAGUACGACGUGAUGUCUCCGCACAACCUGUACACGCUGCUGGGCGCGCGGCUGGCGGCGGGCGCCGGGGCGGGCGCGGGGGCGGGGUCGGGGUCGGGGGCGGGGGCGGGGGCGGGCGGCGAGGGGCUGGCGCUGGCCGUCUACAACGCGCUGUACGAGCUGCUCACGGAGCACGUCGGCCAGCAGAUCCUCUACACCAGCCACCCCGAGCCGCAGCCGCAUUUCCGACUCGAGAACCCCAUGAUCCUGAAGGUGGUGGCGACGCUGAUCCGGCAGUCGAAGCAGACGGAGCAGCUGCUGGAAGUCAAGAAGCUGUUCCUGUCGGACAUGACGCUGCUGUGCAGCAACAACCGCGAGAACAGGCGCACCGUGCUGCAGAUGUCGGUGUGGCAGGAGUGGCUGAUAGCAAUGGCGUACAUCCACCCUAAGAACUCUGAGGAGCAGAAGAUCUCCGACAUGGUGUACUCCCUGUUCCGGAUGCUGUUACACCACGCCAUCAAACACGAGUACGGGGGCUGGAGGGUCUGGGUCGAUACGCUGGCUAUUGUGCAUUCCAAGGUGUCGUAUGAAGAAUUCAAGCUUCAGUUCGCUCAAAUGUACGAGCACUACGAGCAGCGGCGCGCCGACAACAUCACGGACCCGGCGGAGCGCCAGCAGCGCCCCAUCUCCACCAUCUCGGGCUGGGACCGCCCCGCCCGCGCCCCCGGCGCCCCCGGUGCCCCCGGCGCCCCCAGGGCCACCAGCUGCCCCGGCUCUCCGAGCUCCCCCAGCUCGAACAGAAAACAAAACGUCCUCAAUCACGGAGCCCAAACUGAAAUCGGAAAAGGUCUAUCCCUCCGAGAAGUCGAAGCGUGCAAUUGCAAAACGAACGAAAGCGAAGACAGUCGGACUACAGUAGUGUAUAGUGAAGUGUGUAAAGUGCAUAGUCCAAUUAAACACGAAGUGCCCCGCGACGGUUGUGAUAGUGAUAAAUGUACAGAUAGUGUCGACGAGAGUAAGUUGCUCAACGCGGAUAACGAAUUAGUGCAGUCUAUUAUUAGCGAAAAUAAAUUAUUAGAAAGCUCGGAAUCCGGUAUCGGAACUGAGAAUUCUGAGAAAACUGACAAACCUUUGACGCGACAAGGAAGUCUUGAUUAUAUUCCAGUGCGAGAUGUAGGAGAAAAUAUAACGAAAGACGAUAAUACUGAUAAAAGCGAAGGUAUUCCUUCGAGUUUAUCUGCAAGCGAAACGGCGAGCCCUGAAAGGGUGGCCGAAUUAAAUAUUACGGCGGAAAGGGAAUCGGAAUUAUCUGAUCCGUCCGAAUUGUACUUAACUCCGAGCGAAGCAACUAGUCCUAAGAAAACAGAGAAGACUGAUGUUAACAUUCCAGAAGAAAUUAGUGAUGACCCGAAACACAUAGCGAUUAACAUUGUCAAUGAUGUGCUCACGAUUGCACUAGAAACUAUCAAAUUAAAAACUGAUGACGACCCUGAUUCGGGAGCCAUCUCUGGUGGAUUACAUUCUGAAGGUAACACACCUAAUGGUAGGGAUGAUUUCGAACAAGAAAUUGAAGAUAUUAUUGAAGAUAACAGAACAGCUGAAACUAUAGCCAAUGAAGUAAUAAGUGAUAUUAUAUCGACAGUAGUAACAAAAUGUGAAGACGAAGUGGAAAACUUAAUAGGAACUACUGAUGCUAUUGAAGAUACUGAACAUUCUAGUAAUAUUACGGACGAAAACAGUCCACAAAGGGUUAUACCUUCAGAUCAUCCACACGAAGGCAAUGUUUUGCCUCUAGAUGGAGAAUUUUUAGUCAAUUCAAGGUGUGAGGAACCAGAAAAAGUAGAGACUGACAUAACUGAUAAAAUUACAGAAGAAAAUGCAAAGAACGACAGCCAUAGAGUGGACAUGCCAAGCCCAGAGGAGCAUACAACUCCAGAGAUUCCGCCUAUUUCCACGAUUAGUGAGAAUAUUUCUCUUGCCAAUAAGAAGGAGCAGGAGCAUGAAGAAGAAAGGAACCGAGAUUUAGAAAGAGACAAAAGACGCGUUAGUUUGCCUGACGAUAGUGAAAUGAAGCAGGACGGUAUUAGGAAUGACGGGAUGUCUACUCAGGGCACCAACACGACGUCUUCGCCGAAACGGCCACGUAGCGCGUCGACGAGUACACAAGUGGAUUCGAAUCAUUUCGAAACUAAAAGGCCAUCAAUGUGUUCGCGGGCGAUGUUCUCUCCCGGGCCCACGCGGCCUCCGUUCAGGAUCCCGGAGUUCCGCUGGUCGUACAUACACCAGCGGCUGCUUUCUGAUGUCCUGUUCUCAUUGGAGACUGAUAUACAGGUGUGGCGAAGCCACUCUACGAAAUCAGUCAUCGACUUUGUGAACAGCAGCGAAAAUGCGAUAUUCGUCGUCAAUACGGUUCAUCUUAUAAGCCAACUGGCGGACAACCUUAUCAUCGCUUGUGGAGGGUUGUUACCACUUCUGGCUUCUGCCACUUCACCAAAUAAUGAAUUAGAUGUGAUUGAGCCAACGCAAGGCAUGCCUGUCGAGGUAGCUGUGACAUUUUUGCAACGACUGGUCAGCAUGGCAGACGUCCUCAUCUUCGCAAGCGCUUUAAACUUCGCCGAGCUCGAAGCCGAAAAGAAUAUGUCUAGUGGCGGCAUCUUGCGACAAUGUUUGCGUCUGGUGUGCACGUGUGCGGUGCGCAACUGCCUCGAGUGCAAGGAGCGGCAGCGAUAUGUGGCCGCGCGCCGCACCCCGCUCGCCGCGCACCCCUCUCAUGCCAAUGACGACACUGAUAAUAAGAGUGUGGUGGCAAGUUUGGCUGACUCGUCUAGUCCGGUGAAGGACCCGGAGAGGCUCUUGCAAGACAUGGACGUGAACAGACUACGUGCUGUCAUAUACAGAGAUGUUGAAGAAACAAAACAAGCACAGUUUUUGUCGCUGGCGAUCGUGUACUUCAUCUCAGUACUGAUGGUGUCCAAGUACCGGGAUAUUCUAGAACCGCCCGCGCAUGCGCCGCCGGACUGCGCGCGCCGCAACCACCAUCCGCACGAACACCACGCUGGCAGUCGCCCGCUGUUCCCGCAGUGGUCUCACCACGUUUACCCACAAUUCCUGCCGGGUGGGCACCCCGCGCAUCGCCACCCGCACUCUCACUGCAAACUCGAUUGCAGCCAACACGUUAACAAUAACACGCACGCGCACACACGCAUCGCUAGUUACCACCGCGCGCACGCAGAUCAUAACGGCGAGGACGUCGAAUACGCAAUGAUAGUUGUUGAUGAGAAUAAUUCUACAAUUCCCGAAGAAAUGGAUUCUCCUUCGAUGAAGGAAACGGAGAAGGAGGAUGGCGUCGCCAAAAUUGAGACCACGACCGACGAACUGAAGCCCAAUUCUGGAGAGAAACCGAAAGACAGUCAGACUCCCGCCACGUCACCUACCGCAGAGAAAGAAGAGCCACUUUUCAAGUCGAGCCUGCGCAAAAUGCAAACUAAACAAAAGCCUCCAACUGCAAGGUCCAAAACAUUGUCUGGGAUAACGGUGUCUGUGGUCAAUUUGGUUUGUACACAAAGCGUGGAUUCCAUUGAAGACGCCGGGUCGUUCCACCUAAACUCGACGGAGACUACUAACAAUGAUCCUGAAUCGUCAAGCGAGAUUGCCAUGGAUGACAACAAACAUCCUGUAAGCAACGACGAAUCAUGGACUGAUGUGAAUCUAAACGAGGACGGGGAGCGAGGGCCCGCUACCAUUACUGGCAGGGCUAGGGACCACGAGGGAAAUAUACAUGAAGAUAUAGACAAACAAAUCCAUAUGCGGAACUCAGAGUCGCACCAUCACCUACAGCAAAGGCAUCAGAAUAGAAGUCUGCAGGCGGCACAAAGGCAUUUACACCCGGACAACGAAACCCUGGCCGGUCUGAGCGCCAUGAACGCGUCGCUGGCGGGCGGCGGCGCGUCGCGCGAGGCGUCGCUGACGCACAAGCUGGAGACGGCGCUGGGCCCCGUGUGUCCGCUGCUGCGCGAGAUCAUGCUGGACUUCGCGCCCUUCCUCUCCAAGACCUUGGUCGGAAGCCACGGACAGGAAUUGCUUAUGGAGGGUAAAGGUCUUCAAACUUUCAAAUCGAGCACGUCUGUAGUGGAACUGGUCAUGCUGCUCUGUUCUCAAGAAUGGCAGAACUCCCUCCAGAAGCACGCGGGACUGGCGUUCAUAGAGUUGAUCAACGAAGGGAGAUUGCUGUCCCAUGCGAUGAGGGAUCAUAUUGUGAGGGUCGCGAAUGAAGCAGAGUUUAUACUGAACAGGAUGAGGGCCGAUGAUGUGCUGAAACAUGCUGAUUUUGAGUGCGUAUGCGCAACCACGAGCGCGGAGCGGGCGGAAGAGGAGAGGACGUGUGAGCGCCUGAUCGCGGCCGCGCGGCGUCGAGACCACGCCGCCGCCGCGCGGCACCUCGACAAGCUGCGGCACACCGACGCUGCGCCCGGCGUCAGCAGCCAGUUCUGGAAGCUGGACUCGUGGGAGGACGACGCGCGGCGGCGCCGGCGACUCGUGCCCGACGCGCGCGGCUCGCGGCACGCCGCCGCCGCGCGCGCGCGCGCCUCGCCGCCCGCCUCGCCGCUCGACGCCAUCCUGCAGGCUACAGAAGAGCUGCACUUGCGGCUGGCGGCGGGCGGCGCGGGUCGCGGCGCACAGCUGCCCACGCCGGCCGCCGCCGAGCUCCUCGACGACGCUGAGCUCCUGGUGGACGACCGCGAGAUCGAUGCCGAUCUUACUGGCCCAGUGAACAUAAGCACGAAAGCGAAGUUAGUGGCUCCAGGUUUGGUGGCUCCGGGCACGGUGUCGCUGACUUCCACCGAGUUGUACUUCGAAGUGGACGAGGAUGACCUUGAGUACAAGAAGAUUGACCCUGAGGUGUUGAAAUACUGCGAACACCUCCACGGCAAAUGGUACUUCAGCGAGAUUCGCGCCAUCUUCUCCAGGCGGUACCUGCUGCAGAAUGUGGCCGUCGAGAUGUUCCUGGCAAGCAGAACGUCGAUAUUCUUCGCAUUCCCCGACCAGGCGACGGUGAAGAAAGUCAUCAAGGCGCUGCCCAGGGUUGGCGUCGGCAUCAAGUACGGCAUCCCGCAGACCAGGCGCGCGUCAAUGAUGUCGCCGCGUCAACUCAUGCGCAACUCCAACAUGACGCAGAAGUGGCAGCGGCGCGAGAUCUCCAACUUCGAGUACCUCAUGUUCCUCAACACCAUCGCUGGGCGCACCUACAACGACCUGAACCAGUACCCGGUGUUCCCGUGGGUGCUCACCAACUACGAGAGCGAGGAGCUGGACCUCAGCCAGCCCUCCAACUACAGGGACCUCUCCAAGCCCAUCGGCGCACUGAACCCAAGCAGACGGGCGUACUUUGAGGAGCGGUACAACACUUGGGAGCACGAGUCCACGCCGCCCUUCCACUACGGCACCCACUACUCCACCGCUGCCUUCGUCCUCAACUGGCUCGUCAGGAUUGAGCCGAUGACGACCAUGUUCCUGGCGCUGCAGGGCGGGAAGUUCGACCACCCCAACAGGCUGUUCUCGUCCAUCGCCCUCUCCUGGAAGAACUGCCAGCGGGACACCUCCGACGUCAAGGAGUUGAUCCCGGAGCUGUUCUUCCUGCCAGAGAUGCUCGUCAACAGUUCAGGCUACAGGCUCGGCAUCCCGGACUCGCCCUCCGGUGACGUCAUCCUGCCUCCAUGGGCCUCGUCAGCCGAGGAGUUCGUGAGGAUCAACAGGAUGGCCUUGGAGUCUGAGUUCGUGAGCUGCCAGCUACAUCAAUGGAUUGAUCUCAUUUUUGGAUAUAAACAGAGGGGACCCGAAGCGGUGCGAGCGACGAACGUUUUCUACUACCUCACAUACGAGGGCGGUGUUCGGCUUGAGCAAAUAGCCGAGCCGGUGACCCGGGCAGCCGUGGAAGACCAAAUCCGCAGCUUCGGGCAGACUCCCGCGCAGCUGCUGAGCGAGCCGCACCCGCCGCGGGCGUCGACGAUGCACCUGGCGCCGCUGAUGUUCGCGGCGGCGCCUGACGAUGUCUGUCUGAGGCUGAAGCUGCCGUCCAAUGCCGCCGUCGUCCACGUGUCCGCUAACACGUAUCCGCAGUUGGCCAUGCCCGCUUGUGUCACGGUGAGCGCAGCGCGCGCGUUCGCGGCGCACCGCUGGGCGGGCGGCGGCUGCGCGCACGCGCCCGCGCCGCGCCACGCCGACCACGCGCCGCACGCGCCGCACCACCCGCUGCUCAUGGACCCCGUCUGGGCGGCGGGCGGCGCGGCCGCGUUGUCUCGCCGCCAGCUCGGCGACAACUUCUCGCAGCGCGUGCGCGCGCGCAGCAACUGCUUCGUCACCACCGUCGACUCAAGGUUCCUCAUCGCUGCCGGCUUCUGGGACAACAGCUUCAGGGUCUUCUCCACUGAGACUGCCAAGAUAGUGCAGAUAAUAUUCGGCCACUACGGUGUGGUGACGUGCGUGUCGCGGUCCGAGUGCAACAUCACCUCCGACUGCUACAUCGCCUCCGGAUCUGAAGACUGCACUGUUCUUCUGUGGCAUUGGUCGGCCCGCCACGGCGGCAUCGUGGGCGAGGGCGAAGCGCCCGCGCCGCGCGUCACGCUCACCGGACACGACGCGCCCAUCAACGGCGUGCUGGUGUCGGCUGAGUUGGGACUCGUCAUCUCUUCUUCAGUCAACGGUCCCGUGUUAAUCCACACGACAUUCGGCGAGCUCCUCCGAGCGUUGCCUCCGGCUGAAGGGGUGUCGUCUCCACAACAAUUAGCUCUGUCUAGAGAAGGGGUAGUCGUGGUCGCGUAUGCGAGAGGUCACCUCGCCGCGUUUACACUCAACGGACGAAGGCUUAGGAACGAAACACAUAAUGAUAACUUCCAGUGCCUGGCGCUGUCGCGCUGCGGCGAGUACCUGGUGUGCGGGGGCGACGCGGGCGUGGUGGAGGUGUGGCGCGCCUUCACGCUCGCGCCGCUCUACGCCUUCCCGCCCGCCGGCGCGCCCGUCACCUCGCUCGCGCUGUCGCACGACCAGAAGUUCCUGUUAGCGGGCCUGGAGAAUGGCUCGCUGGUGGUGUUCCACAUAGACUUCAACAGAUGGCACCACGAGUACCAACAACGUUACUGAGAGUUACUUAGGCUAUUCCUCUCAGAUCGAGACUAAAAUGUGUUUUAAAUCUCUGUCGAAGUCAAUUUUCACAUCUAAAAAUUAGUAUUUUGUGAAAAAAUUGACUUACCUAAACUAUAAAUUAACUUAAGCCAAACAGAGUUUUAAGAUUUACACGAAUUUCGUCGUAAAAGCAAGUUUGAAAGUAGAUUAAUUAAUAUUGUCCCAAAAAGAUAUACUUAAGUCCGAUUAAUAUCUGUACUGUUAAUAAAACUAACCAUUAAGUCAACAAUGGUAGAAUAGCGUAUAGUGCCAUCUAUUAACAGCGUUGUGAAACAUUUAACAUCAAUUUAGAUUCAGAUCUAUGUCUGAUGUAUUGCUAACAAUAACUUCUUACUUAGAGCACUGACAAAAUUAUAAUUGAAAAUUUAAAUCUAUGUACACGUAUUGGCGAGUUGCUAUUUUUCUUAGUAAUCUGUUAGCUUUAGCAAUAUAAUAACUUUAAUUUAGUAUUGUAAUAAAAUAAAAAGCUAUUAUAGUCGGUGCGACGUUUUUUGUGAUUAGAAUUGUAAUGUAAUAUAUUUUUAUUAAUAGUACAAGACAUAACCGGACAGAAAAACAAAAUACCAUAUAAUAUCUGGUAAAUAUUUUAGUUUGUAAGUGCAAAUUAAAUUUAAAAGCUAUUACAUUCCAAUUUUAUGAAUUAUCUAUAAGAGUUUUUAUUUAUUAACAUUUAAUUUAUGAAAUUGAAUAAUUUAUAUUGCAACGUAGUGCCAUAGGUAUUUGACUACAUUAUCGUAAGUACCUACUGAUUCUGUCUUUAUUGUAUUAUUAAAGUAUUAUGAAAUGUAUUAUUUUAUUUUAAAAAUACUUAAUCCUUUAUUUUCUUGUUUCAAAUUGUUUGCGUCCAUUUGUGUGAUUAUAAGUACUUAAUAAUUUUAUUUAAAUUAUAUUGUACUUUGGUGUGCAAUACUUAUUACAUAGACAUCUAAUAGUAUAUUGUAUUUUGUAUUAUUAUCUCAUUCUAAUUUAAAAUCUAAGAAAUUCCCUUUUAUCAUUCCUAUUUUUGAACUUUGGUGAUGGGUACAUGUACUUAAUUUUUAUUAAUUAAUAUUGUUAUUACGUUUUGAUUUUCAUUAAAUGGUUGUAUUUAAUUUU